AUGUCUCGGGGUUCAAGGAGUCCCACCUCCAGCGAGGAUGAGAUGGCUCAGAGUCUCUCUGACUACUCCGAGGACUCCGCCUCCGACCGGGAGGAGACCGUCUACGAGACCAUAGGCCCCGCCCCCUCGGCCCCGCCCUACAUGGAGGACGUGAGGACGCACUCCCUGGUGGUCCGCGUGCUCGUCCCCGACCUGCAGCAGACGAAAUGCAUGCGCUUCAACCCGGACGCCAGCGUGUGGGCGGCCACGCAGCGCGUGCUCUGCUCGCUGAGCCGUGGUCUGAAGGACGCGCUGAACUACGGCCUCUUCCAGCCUGCCAGCGGCGGCCGCGACGGGAAGUUCCUGGACGAGGAGCGCGUGCUCAGGGAGUACCCUCAGCCAGUCGGCCAGGGGGUCCCGUCCUUAGAGUUCCGCUACAAGAGCCGAGUGUACAGGCAGCCUCACGUCGACGAGAAGAUGAUCUCCAAACUACACACCAAGGCCAAUUUGAGGAAGUUCUUGGAGCUGAUCCAGAACCAGCAGGUGGACAAAGUGUCCAGACUGCUGGAGAGAGGGCUGGACCCCAACUACCAGGACCCCCACAGCGGAGAUUCCAGAGCGGAUCGCAGCGACAGACGGAAGCUCUUCAGACACUACACCGUGGGGUCCUACGACAGCUUUGACGCCUCCAGCGACUGCGUGGUGGACGAGAAGACGGUGGAGCUCCAGAAGAAGGAGAACGAGGGCUUCGGCUUCGUGCUGCGGGGGGCCAAAGCGGACACGCCCAUCGAGGAGUUCACCCCCACUCCCGCCUUCCCGGCGCUGCAGUACCUCGAGUCGGUGGAUGAGGGGGGCGUGGCCUGGCAGGCGGGGCUCCGCACGGGAGACUUCCUCAUCGAGGUGAACCAGGUGAGCGUGGUGAAGGUUGGCCACAGGCAGGUGGUCAACAUGAUCCGUGUCGGCAGCGACCGGCUGCUCAUCAAGGUGGUGACAGUCAGCCGCAGCCCCGAGCCCGACGACACCGCCCGCAAAAAAGCCCCUCCACCUCCAAAGAGAGCCCCCACCACUGCCCUCUCCAUGCGCUCCAAGUCGAUGACGUCUGAACUAGAAGAACUAGUGGAUAAAGCCACGCUGAGGAAAAAGAAAGGUGAGACACUGAAGAAGAGGAUUGUUUUCCAAGUCACUCUAAACAAGGUGGACGAGGCCCAGCCGGCUCACAAGAACCCCGACAUGAAGGUGGCCACCAUCAAACCACGCCCCUCCAGCCGCUGCCUGGUGACCACUGAGAUGAACUCUCUGUACCACGACCGAGGGGUGGCGGUGGCGGUGGCCCCCCCCACAGUGCCCGGGGGGCUGCUGGGAGUACCUGCCAAGGGCACCAUCAAGAAACAGAAGUCCAUAGGGACUGAGGAGGAGACGCUGGGCUUCCUCACGCCGCCAUCGCUCAAGUUCUCCCGCAGUCUUUCUAUGCCGGACACCUCAGAGGACAUCCCCCCUCCGCCCGCCGUCUCCCCCCCCUCCCCCCCCGCCUACAACGCCCCCGCCAGCCAGACCCUGCGGGGCUACGGCGCCCGGCCCGGGUUCACGCACAACGCCAACGCCGUGAGCACCAUGGGCCGGGACGCGGGCACCCUGCGGCGCGGCUACUACCGACAGAGCUCGGAGCAGUUCGAGAGCAGCCGGCUGCGGGGCCGCGCGCCCGUGCCCGAGAACCCGUACUCCGAGGUGGGCAAGAACCUAUACGUGCCCGCCAAGCCGGCCCGGAGGAAGGGCAUGCUGGUGAAGCAGCCCAACGUGGAAGACAGCCCCGAGAAGAGCGGCCACAAGGCGGCGUCCGGGCCGGCCUCCAUGCCCUCCACGCCCACGGAGCGCACCUGCUCCUCCAUCCCCAUCCCCACCAUCAUCAUCAAGGAGCCCUCCACCAGCAGCAGCGGCAAGAGCAGCCAGGGCAGCAGCAUGGAGGUGGAGCCCACCACCCCGGAGCACCCCCCCCUUGCGGCCGCCGGGGGCGGGGCGCUGCGGCCCGGGGACUCCCUCGCGCUCAGCAACCCCUUCGCCGCCGCCAUCGCCGGGGCAGUGCGGGACCGGGAGAAAAGGUUGGAGGCCAGGAAGAACUCGACGGCGUUCCAGUCGAUCGACGCGGGGGACGAGGACGGCCCCACCCCCGCCCCCCGCCUGCGCCAGUCCCGCUCCAUCGACGAGGGCAUGUUCAGCGGCGACGAGCGGCUGCGGAGGGCCGCCAUGCCCCCGCUCUCCAUCCAGCUCGGGCGUCCCCUGGGCGGCGGCGGCGGCAACCUGACCGACGUCAACAGCCCCGAGCCCGCGGUGGUCCGCGAGCCGCUCAACACCCGCACCGGCCAGUGCCCCAACCUGGACAGCCCCCUCAGCCUCCCGGCCACGCCCCCUAAGAGCCACAACGGGGCCGCCGGUACCUACCUCCACCCCGUCACCGGGAAAGCCUUGGAUCCCAACUCCCCCCUCGCCCUGGCCCUUGCGGCCCGGGACCGCGCCAUGAAGGAGCAGCACGGCCACCAGAACCCGGCCCCCUCGCCCCCCAGGACGGAGCCCCAGUCCCUCCCGUCCCAGCCCGGCCACAAGGCCGAGCUCAUCCAGCCGCUGUUCAUCGACACCAAGCUGCGCUCCGGCAUGGAGGCGGGCUUCGGCCCCGCCGGGACCGCCACCGUGGGCCGGGCGGGCCGGGGAGGCCGGGGGGGCCGCGGGGGGCUGCGGCGCCAGAUGACGGAGCAGAGGUAUGAGACGGACGGGGCGCGGGAGCAGAGGCAGCACCAGAAGCUGGAGCAGAGGAAGAGCGCCCCGGUGGAGGCCGUGGAGCCCCCCGCCGGGCUGCUGAUGGUCCACACCGAGGAGGGGGGCCGGGAGAGCGACCGCCCCACCGAGCUGAAGGACCCCGACCCCCCCCACAUGGCCGGCGCCCCCAGGGCCCCGCCCUCCUCCGACCCGCCGGCGGCCCUGCGGCGCGACGUGGCGGCCGGCGAGUCCCUGGACGAACCGGUGAAGCUACCCUUCCGGAUCCCCCCCCCCCCGCUGGCGUCUGUGGACAUCGACGACGAGUUCGUCUUCUCGGAGCCGCUCCCCCCGCCGUUGGAGUUCGCCAACAGCAUCGACGUCCCCGACGACCAGGCCGGCGCCAUCGCCGAGAUGAUCCAGCGGCAGCGGCAGAACGGGGGGCCGUACCACGCCCCGCCCCCCAUGGGGGCGCACCACCGGCGGGGCUUGCUGACCAACUGCAUGCCCCCGGCCUUCCCCCCCCAGGACCCGGAGCGCCGCGUGGGCGACUCGUGCGGCGAGGAGGCGGACGGGCGGAGCAGUGGGGAGCCCAGCCGCGCCGAGACCACCAGCACCGUCUCCAGUGUCUCCACGCUGUCCUCGGAGGGGGGCUUCUGCGACCUGGAGGGCCUCUACGCCGACGGCCACGCCUUCUUGCUGGACCGCCCCCCCGUCCCGCCCAAACCCAAGGGCAAGCCCCUCAUCAACCGGACGUCCCUCUACCACGACGCCCUGAUCGAGGAGCCGCCCGAGGCCUUCGGCUCGCCACCACAGGCUCCUCCCCCUCCUCCUGGUUCCGACCCCCCCCCCGCACAACGGACCUCCAAGCUGUGGGGGGAGCAGCCAGCCGAGCUGCGCAGCCCGCCGGCCACGCCCGACCCCAAGAACACCGUCAUCAGCGAGCUCAGUUCCAUCCUUCAGCAGAUGAACCGCGAGAGGCCCCCCAGGACCGAGGGCCUGGACUCCCCCACAGGGGCCCGGGGCGUGUUCGGCUCCAGGACCCCUGCAGAUGAGGUGGCCACGCGGCCGGCGGCCGGCCUCAGCGCCACGCCCCCUGCCGGCCUCCCGCCCACCCCCCAGCAGCCCCGCACCGGCAGCCCGCCCGACUCUGGCGCCUCCUCGCUCACCCCCUGCUCCUCGCUGCCGCCGUCCGCCUCGCCCACGCUGACGGAGGCCUUCGGCCUGGCCACGCCCCCACUGGGCGGCGGCUACAGCCUGGGCUCCUCCUCCUGCGGAGGCUCCUCCCGCUCGCCCUCGCCGCUCUCCCUGCUGCAGGCCGCCGCCGCCGCCGCCGCCUCGGGGAAGCCCUUCGCCGGGAAGCCGGUGGACCUGUGGAGCAAGGCAGACGUGGCGGACUGGCUGGAGAGCCUGAACCUGGCGGAGCACCGCGACGCCUUCCUGGACAACGAGAUCGAGGGCGCGCACCUGGCCUCGCUGCGCAAGGAGGACCUGAUCGACCUGGGGGUGACGCGGGUCGGCCACCGCAUGAACAUCGAGCGGGCGCUGAAGCUGCUGACGGACAGAUAG